UAUGGGGGGUUUAUGAGAUUCGCUACAAGUUGGGGAUUGGGUGUCUCUUUGGGGGCGUGGCUUAUGAAUCCUAGCUUUCCCGCCGACGGUUGGCCACGUCACGUGACAUGGGUCGGAAGAUGGCGUCUCCCACAGACGGAACAGAUUUGGAAGCAUCUUUGCUUAGUUUUGAAAAACUUGACCGUGCCUCACCAGAUCUUUGGCCAGAACAAUUACCAGGUGUUGCUGAAUUUGCAGCUUCCUUCAAAAGUCCUAUUACUAGCUCUCCACCCAAAUGGAUGGCUGAAAUAGAACGGGAUGACAUUGACAUGUUGAAAGAACUGGGAAGUCUCACCACAGCUAAUUUGAUGGAGAAGGUACGAGGUCUACAGAACCUGGCCUAUCAACUGGGGCUGGAUGAGUAUCCCAUGCAGGGAUUGAAGCAAAUUCCAAGUUUAGCAUGGCUUCCUGUGGAAGGCUGUGCUUGGCUCCUAGAUAAGCCAGAGAGAUGACACGGGGGAAAUUCCUCAACAUUCUAGAGAAGCCCAAGAAGUAGCAGCAGCUUGUGGACAGCUUGUGGACAGGUGUCCUGGGGACUCUUCCCUGUACAGCUCUGACAAUGCACACCUCGCUUUUCCUCGGGAGAGGCCAGAGGCUGUACCUCAGGACUGCCCCUCUGCCUUGCUCCUGGCACUCUGCAUCUCUAAGGAGAUUUGGUGGCAAGAGAAGAAUCUGCUCUACUCAAGGAUCAUUGCAGUUACUCCAUCAGCUUCUUAGCCUGGGAUAUUGGUAACACCAGAGAUCCUAUCAAUCUUAAAGGUCAAAGUCAUGCUUUUUCAUUUCUGGAUAUGGUUCAGGAGCCCCAGGAUCUUCUAGUUGAUUUGAUUCCGUGAUGGUAAAGUCACCUGUGACACAUUGAUUGGAUGGGUUCUUUUGAGUUGAACUGGAUCUUUUAGGAAGUAUUUAUGAUAUGAGACAGAGACCAAGUAGGUUCUGGAUCAGACCAUGCAGCCUGACCAUGAACUCUCCAGUACAUAAUAGGUUCCAAAAUUAUCCAGCUGGAAAAACCAGAAUCUUCUUGAAAUUUUACCUCUGUUUUUUAAAUUCUAUACCUUUUGUUAUAGUCCUAUCCUCCAAUGCUGCCCAUUCCCCACCUCCCAGGUCUGACUCUUGGCAAGGGAAUCCCUGAGUAGUGAGUCCCUCCUGGAAUUAGCUUAUGGAGUGAAAGGUCCAUAAUAGGUCACAUUAGGAUAUAGACCUCAAGGCCAAUAUGAAGAUGACAUCAGGAUUUUGGAGUUCUAGUUAAUCUGUUACAGAUUUAAGUGAAGGAGUCAGUAUGGCCUGAUAGAUAGGAAAGGGGCAUGAUUUAUGGGGGUUGCCAUUUGAUUGAAAACUAGAAUCCUAAUUAACCUAGUUGGUGCUAUGGGAUAGCGGCAAUGUUUUAUCCACCUUAGCUCCCUCAUGGCAUAUAUGAGAUACUUCACAAAAACACACACACACCUGAAAGAGGAGAAUUUCCUCACUUAAAUACAGCUUUCUGAUGUUUUGAGAGGUGCAUGGGGUGUCCUAAAUUUCAUGGAAAGAAUAUUCCUGUAGAAAUGAUCUGAGGGAGUUUGGACACAGGAGAAGUUGCGGUCAAAGUUUGUGGUCUUGAAUGUCUGCUAACACACAACACUCUUCAAUUUAAUGGCUGGUCUUUUAGCCAUUUUAUGACAUUUGUGCUUAUUUCCCAUGCUAGAAUUAACAUUAGGUUUUACUCUCAUUUGUGUCACUUGACCAUCCAUGUCAUCUACUUUUUUUGCAGGGGUAGGGAGGACAGUUGAGCACAAGACACAAAUGGCAAGCGGGGAAAGGAGAGCAUUCUGUUGCUCCUCAGGAGGGUCAGUUGUAGAGACUUUGAUUUUAAGUUUAUGACUGAUAUUUCUUGAUCUCCCUAAAUUCGGUUGAAGAGCUUGUGCGCAUGUGUGUACCAUUAAUGUCAAAUUUUUUCUUUGCUCUGUUUUUGAGAGUUGAUAAUAUCAGGCACUUUUACAUGUUUGGGGAAAUUAAGAAGUAUAUGGAGAAUACUGGGAUACCUCCCCCAAACCAACUCAAGUCUGUAACCGGAAGCCAGGUAGUUGGUUUUCUGAUCUGCUUUGGCCUCCUUCUUUUACUGUCAUCUUAUUCACCAGCACUUAAUGUAAGUAGAUGUUUUAGAAUUGCGAUAUUUAUUGGUUUUGUAAUUGUCAUCCUUAGAAAUGUUAAUGAUGUAUUUUUAUAUUGAUAAUAUAAAUUUAUGUACAGUGUUUGUGUGUAUAUUUCAAGAUGUUAGAGGAUUGUACUUUGUAUAUGAUGUUUUCUGUGUCUUCCUAAUAAAUAUGUCCCUUUUAUA